AUGGUGGGCGGCGGCGGGAAGCGCAGGCCCGGCGGGGAGGGGCCGCAGUGUGAAAAAGCGGCCGCCGUGAAGAAGGGUAGAUGCUGCGACGCCGACGUGCCCAGUGGCCUUCGAAAAGCAGUAGAAAGUCACUACAGGCUUGCUCUGCCUGAAGAUUUCUAUCACUUCUGGAGGUUCUGUGAAGGGCUUGAUCCUGAACAGCCAGCUGAUUCACUUUCUGCAAGCCUUGGACUCCGAUUAGUGGGUCCUUAUGAUAUCCUUGCCGGAAGACAUAAAAUGAAGAAAAAGUCAGCAAGCCUGAACUUUAACCUUCACUGGAGAUUUUACUAUGAUCCUCCUGAGUUCCAGACCAUUAUUAUUGGAGAUUGUAAAACUGAGUUCCACAUGGGCUAUUUCAGGGAUUCUCCUGAUGAACUUCCUGUAUUUGUCGCUACAAAUGAAGCAAAGAAAAAUUGUAUAAUUGUUCAAAAUGGAGAUAAUGUGUUUGCUGCAGUCAAAUUAUUUUUGAUGAAAAAACUUAAAGAAGUAACAGAUAAAAAGAAAACUAGUCUCUUGAAAACCAUAGAUGAGAAACUCACAGAAGCAGCCAGAGAACUGGGGUUCUCACUGGAACAGAGAACCGUGAAGAUGAAACAGAGAGAUAAGAAAGUCGUGACAAAGACCUUUCAUGGGGCAGGCUUGGUUGUCCCAGUAGAUAAAAAUGAUGUGGGAUACAGAGAGCUCCCUGAAACGGAUGCCAGUCUCCGGAGAAUCUGCAAGACAAUCGUGGAGGCCCCCAGUGAUGCUGAGAGACUCAAAGCUUUUGCUCCUGUUCAGGAAAUGAUGACUUACGUGCAGUUUGCUAACGAUGAGUGCGAUUAUGGGAUGGGGCUGGAGCUGGGGAUGGACCUCUUCUGCCACGGUUCCCACUAUUUUCAUAAAGUUGCUGGCCAGCUUUUACCUCUUGCGUAUAAUCUGUUGAAGAGGAAUCUCUUUGCAGAAAUUAUUGAAGCUCACCUGGCGGACAGAAGCAGAGAGGACGUGGACCAGCUUGCAGCAUGAGUGGGAGGUGCCUCUCUUGGGCAAACAGUAUUUCAGAGCUUCAGUAUGAAACAUGAUGUUUUCUUUUAAGGAGUACAGAAAAUAAAUGGACAGAAACAUU